AUGACAGUUCUUACAGGUUUGAAGAAGGCACUGUGGCCAAUGCUUCCGCCACCUUCAUCCGGGACGAAAAACUAUACCAAGCCUAUUGCAGGCAUUCCGCUCACUAACACGCAAAGCUUUUCCAUUUCAGGUAAGUUGUUCACGCUCCGCCAUGAGUUUCAGGUGAAAAUCAAAAUCUCGCAUGGCAGAAACCUAGAGUUUUCUGUCCCGUUCACAGUUUCACCAUUUAAUGUAGCCAGUUGCAAUUAUCUUUUUCUGUGGAUCAGAGAAGAAUGUAACAUGGCCCGAGACCGCUUUGGACGAGAAACUGUGGCAGAAGUAGCGAGCACGCAUAAUCAUGAAGCGGCCCAAAGCAUUUUGCACCUCUUUUGUCCGCCGCCAACUGUUUAUCCGUUUGACCGUACAGGAUGGAAGCAGUUGGGCUAUCACAUAGACUCUUUUGGGAAAUCUGGGACGCCUGUGGUUGCGUACAUAGAUUAA